GAUCUUGACUCUAUUCUAUUUAAUGAUUAACUUGCAUAAUCAAAUAUCAUAUAGUAAAUUCGAAACUUAGUCAGCGAUCGAAGUCUUUUUGGAUUCGGACAGCACUUAUACAUUUGAAUCCAAAAUAUAAAGCUAGGCUUACAAGAUGAGUAUAGAAGAGAGUGCUCUCUCACAAACUAAAAUCACGGGAAAAGCUCAUAUGAAUGACACAAACUCAAAUGGCAUCCAUGGAGAUACCGUCCAAGGAAAAGAAAAUGAUGUUGUUAAAAAGCUCGGGGAUGAUGAGCGUGUUGGAAUGAAACGCCAGCUGACAUUGAUGCACACUGUGGCUGUAAUAGUAGGCACUGUAAUAGGAUCAGGGAUCUUCAUCAGCCCGAAAGGAGUCACAAGGAACGUUGGAUCAGUCGGUGUUUCCCUCAUCAUCUGGACAAUAGGAGGACUUAUUAACAUCCUUGCUGCACUAUGUUAUGCAGAACUCGGAACAAUCAUACCAAAGACUGGCGGCGAUUAUUACUACGUAUAUGAUGUUUUUGGUCCUCUAUUAGGAUUUAUGAGUCUUUGGGCAAACAUUGUCAUCGUUCGGACUGCUUCUCUGGCAAUAUUGUCAAGGACUGUGGGAACCUAUCUCAUUCAGUUAUUCUUCAACGAUUGUGGUUCUCCAGGUGUUAUCGUCACUCUAGUAGCACUUUGGUCAGCAUUAACACUGUCAUUCGUGAAUGCCUACAACGUAAAAUUGGCUGCUAGGGUUCAAUCGCUGUUCACAUUGUUUAAGCUGCUAGCUCUCGCCAUCAUCAUUGUUACUGGUUUCGUAGAAUUGGGAAGGGGAAAUAACGCGAACUUCGUCAAUGCGUUUGAAGGCAGUAGGUAUGAUGUUGGUUCUCUGGCACUUGGUAUAUACGCUGCCUUCUACGCAUAUGCAGGAUGGGAAGCUGUCACAUCACUCGCAGAGGAGAUCAUUGAGCCAGAGAAAAACUUACCAAAAGCAGUUUGGAUUUCCAUGAUAACAGUAACAGGGGUCUACGUCCUAAGUAACGUCUCUUACUUUACUGUAAUGACCCCACAAGAACUAGUGUCCUCCAAUGCAGUCGCGCUGACAUUUGCUCAAAGAACAUUGAGCGGGGCAGCAUGGAUCAUGUCACUCUUUGUCGCAGCUUCAUGCUUUGGUUCAAUAAACGGAGCUAUACUUAGUAACGCAAGAUAUAUCUUUGCAGGGGGCAGAGAAGGUCAAUUCCCCACAGUUUUUGCCAUGGUGAAUGUUAAGUAUUCCACACCGAUGUUAGGAGUAGCUGGCCAGGCUGUACUAGUGCUCGCAUAUUGCUUUGUCUCGGACAUAAGUGCAAUAAUGCAAUAUCUAAUGGUGGUGAGGCAGAUACGCUACGUCAUGUCGGUUUCAGUUCUGUUGUUCCUUAGAUGGAAGAAACCAGACAUUGAAAGACCAAUAAAGGUAAAUUUGAUACUGGUGAUAUUUGUGUAUGUGGUGAUGAUCGCAUUGAUAAUUAUGUCAUUCAUCAGCAACCCUGUCCCAAGUGCAAUAGGACUCGCUGUCUUCUGUACAUCGGUACCAGUCUACUUUUUGAGAAACAUGUGCCACAAGACGUUUUGUACUGGAUACAUGAGCGUCGUUGACAGAGUUUCACUAUUUCUCCAGCAGCUGUUUCUCUCCUGUCCCGAGGACACCAAGAAAGAUGAAUGAGCAAACAAGUUAUAGCAAGAGAAAUGAUUGAACUGCUCAAGAAAUGUUGCUGAGGUCAAGCUCUCUAUAUUUCCCCAAUGGAAUUUCUGAUAGAUUUAUGUCUUUAUGUUCCAUGGAACGUUAAGUUUCCUAAAGGAUGUAACAUAUCAGAAAAUGAACAUAAUAUGAGGACUUUGAUAGCCUAACUAAAAUAAAAAGAAUCGCAAUUGCUAAAAGAACUGGACAAUUGUUUAUACGAUGAAAACUUUAUUUCUCGACUUAUUCUAUACAACAUCUAACAUUGUCUAACUUAUACUAUACUACAAAUGUCAUACAUUUUUAUUAUAUGCAUCCACGAGACUUGCCAAUGCAUAUCUUACAUUUCCACAUUUUAUGUGAUCACUGUACAAUUUAUCAAUGUUUGGACAUACUGCCACCUUGAUAGUGC